GUUUAGCUUCAGGAUCAGUUUUAGAGGGAUUUGAACAGCCGAUGUCGGCGCUGCCUACUAAGAGGCAAGGCUUCUCGAAAGUGUCGGCUUGCUCACCGCCUAAACCUUCAAGGCCACAAAACCCUAGACCCCACUCCGAUGGAGAAGGUGGGUCCUUCGGUUCAGCGUGCAGGACGUUUGGGGCUCGCGAGCGCAGCUGCAAAAGUCUGUGUCGCACGAUGGCUUCAGCUGUGUUGGGCGACGUGGUGUCUCAAUCUUAUCGCACAUGCAUUCAGCUGCUUACCCUUUAUGGAAACAUUGCCUUGUUGACCUUUCGUGCCAACGCAGUGAUGGCCAUGAGACGCCGCAAAGGAAGUGUGCCAUUGUUCUGCGCGAUUGCUGCAGCAGCUUGUUUCAGCUUGCCGCAGACGGACUUCACCCUGCUGCCAGAGCCCUUUCCGCAGAAGGCAUCCGCCCUCAGUGGCAGAGCGAAUCGCGCUGGAGGAGGCCAUUUCAUCGGACGCAGCUGGGCAAAGCCGGGGAGUUGCAGAAGACGGCCCAGCGCGCCACCGACCCAACUGAAUGCGUGGCCGCAGCUUCGAGCUGUGAUGCAAAGGGCAAUGCAUGCUGCGCCCAACAGGACAGCUGACAUUCGCGAUAUACGAGACUUUUCCCUGGCUGUUGCAGGCUUUGUGGUGUCUGGCCUAGGCUUUGUGGUGUCUGGCCUAGGCCUUGCAUUCACGUAUGCCUCCUCGGACUUUCGCAUGAAGCGUCUGGCCGUAAAGAAGUUCAUGGCACCCUAUGAGCCAGCCAAGUCUCCGGACGAGGUCGUCCCACGAAAGGUCGUAGAUGACAUCCAACAUAGGCUGAGCAGCUGGCGGCAGCAGUCCGACGCGACCAUCGUGAGUGGCCGCUACAAAUCCGGCAAGACUGUGGCCGUGGAAGAGGCCUUGCGCGGUGUUUGUGGUGUGUGGGCCUUCACGGUCGAGGUGGAAGACUGGAAGCCUGCCAUGUACCAAAUGCUUGGAGUGAAGGACGCGAACAUGUUUGCCGAGGUGCUUCGUCGUGUCCGCGCCAAGUUGCAAAAGAAGAAGUUUGCAAAGAACCUGACCCAAUAUCCCAUCCUGCUUCUGGACAUUCCUCGCGACACCAAAGGAGGUAAGGAGGAGGGGAUGAAGUUGGUUUCCACCACAGCGAAGGACAUGUCGAGUGAUUCACGCUACGCCGCAACGGCACAUGUGCUGGUGGCCGCCUCAUCUGCUGCCUCGGCUCUGGCGUUUGAUGCUGGCGGUCGCAGAUUCGACAUCUGGGUGGGCGACAUGACCGAGAAGGAGGCGAGUGAGUUGCUCAAGAUGCACGAGCACGAGUCGGCCGCGACAGCAAUCAUUGACAAUUGUGGCCGCCGCGCUGGUGAUUUGGUGGAUGCAUGCAGUAUGCUGAAGAGAGGAAUCAAUCUGAGCGACAUCAAGGUCGAUUUCCACAAUAUGGCAGAAAAAGACGUGGUGAACUUCAUGAGUCUUACACUUGAUGGAAAGCAGGUGGGUCAGCAGAUUUUAAUCGCACUGCUUCAGAGCGGAGGCGCAGGCAUUAAGGCAGUCAUCAAUACUACCGCCUAUGAGCCACGCAAAAUUGCAAAGCUCAUUCGUGAUGAGAACGCGCAUGCCAUCAUAUGGCAUCCUACAGAGAAGCUUUACAGGUUUGCUUCAAGCUUGCACGCGACAAUCGCCAAACAGAAGAUGCCCUGAAAAGCUUGCACGAGGAAGUUGCCUCAUGGUAGG